CGGAGCCGCCGCCUCCUCACGGCCCCGCAGCCAUCUUGGAGUCACAUGACGCGCGGCCUCCGACCCCGCCGGCAGGAAGCGACGCCGAGUCCUCCUCCUCUUCCUCAGCUGGAGUUGUUUAUUUUCACCGUCGUCGCCCUUUGUCGUUACCGACCCCGGGACGGGCCCAGCGGCGAUGGGAAAGGGGGAAAAGCGAGGCGGAGCGGCGGCGGGAGGGGACACUUAGGGGCACCGCGGGGCAUCUCGGGAGUUGUAGUUCCGUGCCGCCGCCGCGGCUGCGCUUUACGGCAGGACGUGACGGUGAGGGGGAGCGACAGCGGAGCGCGGGAGAUCUGGGAGGGUGACGCCUUCUCCAUCCCCGUGCGGCGCCGAGGCGCUGUCCUGACCCUCCCGCGGUGACACCAGCGGUGACACCAGCGGUGACACUCCGAUCUCCCCGGCCCCGGGACGCGGAGCAGCAGCAGCAUGGCCCGGCCUCACCGCCUGUGAUGAACCUCUACGUGCGGCUGUUCACCAGGGGCACCAUGCUGCCCCAGCCCUGGCGCUUCUUCUCGCGGGCCGCGGAGGACUUGGCGCUGCAGAGGAUCCGCAAGGUGCUGUGCGUGGCGGAGAAGAACGAUGCUGCCCGAGGGAUCGCUGAGCUGCUCUCCAACAGCAGGAUGCGGAGGAGAGAAGGGUUUUCUAAGUUCAACAAGAUCUAUGAAUAUGACUACCAGAUGUUUGGCCAGAAAGUUACCAUGGUGAUGACAUCCGUGUCAGGACAUUUACUGGCUCUUGAUUUUAUGAUGCCAUUUCGCAAAUGGCAUAGCUGCAACCCUUUAGCUCUUUUUGAUGCUGAAAUUGAGAAGUAUUGCCCUGAAAAUUACCUGGAUAUCAAGAGAACCCUUGAACGAGAAAUCCAGCAGUGCCAAGCCCUGGUGAUCUGGACUGACUGUGAUCGAGAAGGAGAGAACAUUGGCUUUGAGAUCAUCCACGUGUGCAAAGCUGUGAAGCCAAACCUGCAGGUUUUCCGAGCGCGGUUCUCUGAGAUCACCCUCCAUGCUGUCAGAUCAGCCUGUGAGAACCUCACCCAGCCCGACCAGAAAACCAGCGACGCCGUGGACGUCAGGCAGGAGCUGGACCUCAGGAUAGGUGCUGCCUUCACCAGAUUCCAGACUCUGAGGCUGCGGAAGAUCUUCCCUGAUGUUUUAGCAGAUCAGCUCAUCAGCUAUGGCAGCUGCCAGUUCCCCACACUGGGAUUUGUAGUUGAACGCUUUAAAGCCAUCCAGGCCUUUGUUCCUGAAGCCUUCUAUAAAAUUAAAGUGACCCACGACCAUGAAGAUGGCAGCGUGAUCUUCAACUGGAAGAGAAAUCGGCUCUUCAAUCACACAGCAUGCCUGGUCCUUUACCAGAUGUGUAUGGAGGAUCCGGUAGCGACUGUUGUUGAUGUUGUGAGCAAGCCAAAGAGCAAAUGGAGGCCCCUGCCCCUGGACACUGUGGAACUGGAAAAAUUGGCUUCCCGCAAACUGAAAAUAAAUGCAAAGGAAACGAUGACAAUAGCAGAAAAACUCUAUACUAAAGGGUUCAUUAGUUACCCUCGAACCGAGACCAACAUUUUCCCCAAGGAGCUGAACCUCUCUGCCUUGGUAGAACAGCAAACACAGGACCCAAACUGGGGACAGUUUGCACAGAGGAUUUUGGAUGAGGGUGGGCCAACCCCUCGGAGUGGAACCAAAUCUGAUCAGGCUCACCCUCCCAUUCACCCCACAAAAUACACCAGCAACCUGCAGGGCAAUGAGCAGAGACUCUACGAAUUCAUCGUGCGCCACUUCUUGGCUUGCUGCUCUCAAGAUGCCAAAGGACAGGAGACAACUGUGGAGAUCGACAUUGCCAACGAGCAAUUCAUUGCUCAGGGACUCAUGAUCCUGGCUCGAAAUUACCUGGAAGUGUAUCCCUAUGACAAGUGGAGUGAUAAGGUUAUCCCACUGUAUCAGAAAGGGUCUCGCUUUCAGCCCAGCACAGUGGAGAUGGUGGAUGGGGAAACCAGUCCUCCCUUGCUCCUCACAGAAGCAGAUCUCAUUGCUCUCAUGGAAAAACACGGCAUUGGGACUGAUGCCACCCACGCCGAGCACAUCGAGACGAUCAAGACGCGGAUGUACGUGGGGCUGACGGCAGAUCAGCGCUUCCUGCCCGGCCAGCUGGGCAUGGGGCUGGUGGAAGGCUAUGAUUCCAUGGGCUACGAGAUGUCCAAGCCUGACCUUCGAGCUGAGCUGGAAGCUGAUCUAAAACUGAUCUGUGAGGGGAAGAAAGACAAAUCUGCAGUGUUGCAACAGCAGGUCCAAAAGUACAAGCAAGUCUUCAUUGAAGCUGUGGCCAGAGCCAACAAAUUGGACCAGGCCCUGGCUCAGUAUCUUGGAGAAGCUGCAGAAGUUGCAGAGCAGGAUGAGGUGUACCCAGAAACGCCUGUUUCUGUUCGGAAAUGUCCCCAGUGCAACAGUGACAUGGUCCUGAAGACCAGGAAGAACGGCGGGUUUUACCUCAGCUGUAUGGGCUAUCCAGCCUGUAAAACUGCAGUCUGGUUCCCUGAUUUUGUGCUGGAUGUCACCAGGGACGAGAGCAUCUGUGAUGUGUGUAAACCCCAUCCAGUUCACAGACUGAAGUUUAAAUUCAAGAAAGGCAGUGUUCCCCCUGUGAUGCCCCUGGAGUUCAUUGGCUGCAUUGGAGGCUGUGAUGAGAUGCUGAAAGAGCUUUUGGACCUCAAGUACUUGCACAGAUCAUCCCAACCUGCAUCAUCCACCCAGCCAGGACAUCACCUGCAGACCAACCACUCACUGAACAGAGCCAGCAGUGAGACCAGGCAAGCCAGAGGGACCUCAAACCUGGCACGGGGACACCUGCUCACCAUCAACUCCUCCAGGACCCCCAGGGCUGCUCCUGCAGCUGCCCCAGACGAUGGCAAUGCCGUGGUGUGCAAUUGUGGGAGCGAGGCGCUGCUGCUGACCGUGCGCAAGGAGGGGCCCAACAAAGGCCGCCAGUUCUACAAGUGCAGCUCCAGCACCUGCAACUUCUUCCUCUGGGCUGAUGAGCAGCCACAGGACAGAAGCUCCACGCUGCUCCAGCCCUCUGCUGGGAGAGCCCCAGCAGGGUUGCAGCGCCCAGGAGGAGGGAGGGAGCCCCUGGGAGGCAGCAGCUCGGAUGCUGGAGGUGGCACCGUGUGCAGGUGUGAGGAGCCUGUCGUGACUCGCACCGUGCAGAAGGACGGGCCCAACAAGGGCAGGCAGUUCCACACCUGCCCCAAGCCCCGGGAACAGCAGUGUGGAUUCUUCCAGUGGGCAGAUGAGAACGUGGCACCAGGCCCUUCUGAAGAUAACUCUUUGAGCCACUUUGGCAGCAAUGGAUUCUCCAGAGGGUUGGGAAGCAAGGCCAAGAGACCAGGCAGUGUCUCCUCAGGAUCUGCUGCCAAGAAACCACGGACCUGCAGCAUUUGCCACCAGCCUGGGCACACAAGGAAAACCUGCCCCCAGAACCACUGAGAGGCUGCCAGGAGCAGGGUUGUGAACUGCUGCAGGAGCCACCUCUACCACGAGGAACUGGACACUAGGAACAAGUCCCUUGAGUGUUUUUUGGAGGGUUUGGUUGCAGGCUGCUCCUGCCAAGGGAUGCCAUUUCUUACAGCAAGGGUUCAACCAGUUUGGAAAAGUGGUUCCACUUCCAGCUUUUGUUUCCAGCUGCUAUUCUGCUGAGCAGAUUGGGAAAGUCUGAACAUUUCAAGGAAGCACUUGGAAGCUGAGUCUGUGAGGAAAACUGCACUGGAUCCCCCUGCACCAUGCUGGUGGUUGUUCCUGGCUUUUCCAUGCAGGGAAGAGCUGGAUCAGGGCCACCAGCUCAGACACCAGGGCUGCUGAGCUCUGCUCAGUCCCUGGCUUUCCACAGUGUGGAAUUUAAGUUCCCUUCUAAGUUUAUUUUACCUGAGCAAAUUCCCUUUUUUUUCACCCUUACCUGGGUUGUCCCUGCCAGUGAAGGAGGGUUAGGUGCAGAGGAGCUGGAUCUGGUGCUUGCCCUGGGAAGAGCUCAGCUGCAGAGCUCAGGAAAAUCCUUCAUUUUAGAUGGUUCUUGAAUUUGAAGGUGAGUUCUUGCUCAGAGUUUGAGACAUGCCUUUGUGAUGCUGCUAGCUGAUGAAAGUUAUUUUUGUCAAACUAAUGAGUUUCUUAUUAAAAUAUUAUUUAAAUUUUAAA